AUGAUGCCUUUUGGAAAGAUCCCCAAAGGAUUUGCUUCCCAUUCUGGAGAUGAGGAUCGGAAAAAUGUCAUCAAACAAAUGAAAGUCCGAGCCAUCAUCAAAGGUGAUAAGAGCUGGAUUCACAAACCAAAUGAUACAGAAGGUCAGACCAUAGAGUUACCUCCAAGCAAGGAGCAUUGCCCAGCUACACCUCCACUCAUAACGACCUGGAAGGACAGACCUACAGCUACCAAGCCUUCAGCAGGCUACAUUAUCAGGGGCGUGUUCACCAAGCCAGUUGACAGCACACCUCUGCCACAGAGCCAAUUCCUGACUACUUUUGAAAAACCCAAAAGAUCUACAUUUCCAUCAAAAGCUCUCAGUGCCAGCCUGCCCCGGCUCUCGGGUUCCAGCUAUAAGAUCAAUGAUGACUUCAGCAAGAAGAUGGUUGAAGCUGUGGAAGAGGAAGCCCCUCCCGAGAGAAGUCAGACUCUGCCAGCUUUGACAAGACAGCUUUUUGGCCUCAACAGUGGGAAGAGAGAAGAAACUCGAACUCUACAGGGCCGUGACCCUAAACAGGAAUCCACUCUUCUUGACCUUUCCCCAGAAAGCAAUCGGAAGAGAGCUUUCUUGGACUGUAGGGAAAGAGUUGUUUCCAGCAAUAGAACAAACCAUCACAGAGAAGAGAACAAAGAUGCCCAUCUCGAUGCCGACAGGUCAAGCACCUGGUCAACUGACAGUAACCACGGCUCUACUGGUUCCCAGCAUGAUCUGGAUGAAGAAGUUACCUCAAAGAAAGGGACUCCAUUCCUUUAUAGUGACCGAUUCAUCAGUAGCACUCAAGGGGGAGCCUAUGAGGGCCCUGCUAAACUGCAACCUGUCGAACACAAGGAACUAAGCCAACCUGAUAUGCAGUCUCAAGAAAGCAAUAUUCGAAAGAUGCCUCUGGUUCCACCUGUGUCCAGGGAAUGCAGAAUCCCCUAUUGGAAUUUAGCACGGUUUGGCUCAGAGGAAUGUGGUGCGUUUUCUCCAGAUGACCAGUACAAUCGUCCCAUGAACCUACAAUACUGCAUACCCAUCAAGAAUACCUCAAAAUAUGCCUCUGCCUCCAAUCUUACCACCACUGGAAAGAGAUAUUCAGCCAAACCAGAUGAUGCUAUUCCACCUGAACCCCGGAGAUUUGCAGCACCCUCUGCCGGCACUGCCAACCAGAGAUUUGAAACUCUGCCCAAUGUGGAAGAUAUGAUGACAUCUGACCACAAGAGCUCCCUCUCUGGUUAUGAGGAGAGAAGUGUUACCACCAUAGUCAGAGAAGCCAGAUGGGACAAUACUGGACGUGUUGGAGCCAAGGAUGGCACCCACCCAGAAACAAAAAUUCGCUACAAUGACUAUCGAGUCAUCACUCCAGACCCUGGCCUCCAGAUGCCUCUGAAGGGCAGUAGAAAAGAUUCCAGCUCCAGAAGGAGCGUCUCUACCUCAGGGGAAAGAACAUCCAUGGGUGGUACAGCUGCUAGCGCUCAAGACGGUGCCUCACUUUUGGACUGUGAACCAUCUUCUAAUGCUUCCAACAAAAAUAUUCUCUUGGUGAAGGAGUAUAUGAAUGUUCGAGAGCCACCAUAUGCUAGGCCUUCUAUACGCUUAAACAAGAUGAGUGGUGGUGUUACCUGUACAUAUUGCUGCAAAGAGAUCAGAUCUGAGCCCAAAAUUACUCUGGAGCACUUGGGCAUCUGCUGCCAUGAAUAUUGCUUCAAGUGUGGGAUUUGUAAAAGGAAGAUGGGCAAUAUGCUGGACCAGGUGUACAUCCACAACGGAAUUAUUCACUGUGACCAGUGUUAUUCAAGACUCUUCUAG